CCCAACACAAUGUCAGAAAACAAAGCCACAACCAUCAACCUCUUCUGCCCGUCGGUGCCGAGCACAGCCCGAGUUCUGGUGGCACCGGCAGAGAGGCUGGACUUGGGUUCCAUAGCUCGGACGUUUGGGGUCGACCCUUUGACGGUGAAGCUGAACGGCCACUUCAUCAGCAGAGGAACCGACCUCGUGGCCUCCACAGUCACAUGGAAGUCCCUCCUCUCUUUCUUCUCCGCCAAGGGACUCCCCACCGGCCAAAACCACGGCAGCCCGCUUGUCGUUGAUGGCAAGCUCUGCAAAGUCGGCAACAAACGUAGAGGGCAUGGUACUGUAAAGAAUAAUGGGUAUGUGACUGAAGAGGAAGAUAGUAAGCUGGUCAAUAGUAAAAAGACGAAGACUAGUGUCCCGGGAUGUGAUGUGCUCAACAAAGACCCAAUUAGCAAGAGAAAGCAAUUUUGCUCCAAGAGAAAGCAAUUGCGGGAAGAUGUAAACUUGCUCAAGAAGCUAAAGAUCAAUGAUACUAACCCAGACAUCCAUGGAAGAACAAGAUAUCUAUGCAACAAUAUCGCAAACACGAAAUCCCAGUUCAGAUGCAGCUACUUAAGUGGACGACUGAAGCGGAUGAGAGAAGAUGAAGCAGUCGAGGUUUCCCCAUCCAAAAGAAUGAGAUGAAGCUUGCGUUGAAAAUAGAAAGGCCCUUCGAAAGCAUACA